AAUCAUCAUUUGAUUAUUAUUCGCAUUUUUUCACCAUUCAUUCAUUUAAUAUUUCAGUGAUAAUCUUUUCGGAACGUAAAAAAUAAAAAAUAAAAACAAUCAAAAAUGGCCAUGUCAGUACCAAAAGCUCCCGGCUUUAUGUCGAUGAUGAAAGAGGGUAGCCGUUAUUAUGCCGGUGUUGAAGAAUCAUGUUUACGAAACAUUGAAGCAUGUACGGAAUUCGCCAUGACAUUCAAAUCAUCAUAUGGACCACGUGGUCUAAAUAAAAUGAUUAUCAAUCAUUUGGACAAAUUAUUCGUUACAACCGAUGCAGCAACCAUAAUCAACGAAUUGGAUGUAAAUCAUCCAGCUGCUAAACUCAUUGUUCAAGCUUCACAAAUCAUGGAACAUGAGAUUGGCGAUGGAACUAAUUUUGUCAUCCUUUUAGCUGGAGCUCUAUUGGAAAACUCGGAAGAAUUGAUUCGUUUAGGCUUAAAACCAACAGAAAUCAUUGAUGGCUAUAAUUUAGCUGCACAGAAAAUCCUUGAUGAAUUUCUACCUACCGUUGUCGUUGGUGAAGUCAAAGAUCUAACUAACGUUUCGGAUAUACGAAAACCAAUUAGAACAGCAUUGAUGAGUAAACAAUAUGGUAAUGAAGAUUUUCUUGCUGAUUUGGUCAUCAAAGCUGCCCUUUCUGUUUAUGAUCGAGAAAGUGGCUAUUUCAAUGUUGAUAAUGUUCGUGUAUGUAAAAUUCUUGGCUCAGGCAUUGAAAGUUCACAGGUGAUCAAUGGAAUGAUAUUUAAAAAAGCUGUUGAAGGUGAUGUUACAGCCGCGAAGAAUGCCAAAGUUGUUUGUUACACAUGUCCAGUCGAUGUACAGGCAACUGAAACCAAAGGAACUGUUUUGAUAAAAACAGCUGAAGAAUUGAAAAAUUUUAGCAAAGGUGAAGAGAAUGUACUUGAAUCCCAGAUCAAAGCGAUUGCGGAUUCUGGUGCCAAGGUGAUUGUUUCUGGUGGCAAAUAUGGUGAUCUAGCCUUACAUUACAUCAACAAAUUCGGCAUGAUGGCUGUCCGUUUGCAUUCGAAAUAUGAUCUUCGCCGUCUUUGUCAAACCGUAGGUGCUACAGCUUUGACCAAAUUAAUCGCUCCAACAGCUGAAGAACUUGGCUCCGUUGAUGCUGCUUUUAUCGAAGAAAUUGGUGGUACCAGUGUGGUUAUUUUUGAACAAGAUUUAAAAGCCACAAAAAUCUCUACCAUUGUUAUUCGUGGUUCAACGGAUAAUCUAAUGGAUGAUAUUGAACGAGCCUUAAAUGAUGGCCUCAAUACAUUCAAAGUAUUAACACGUGAUGGUCGAUUAGUAGCUGGUGCUGGUGCCUGUGAAAUUGAAUUGGCACGUAAAAUUUCCGAUUAUGCUGAAACAUUGCCCGGAUUGGAACAAUAUGCAGUUGGAAAAUUUGCUGAAGCUCUACAAAGCUUACCAGUUGUAAUUGCUCAGAAUGGUGGCAUUAAUCAACAGGAUAUAUUAUCAUUACUAUUGUCAUCACAUCAAGAAGGCCGACACACCGAUGGUGUCGAUAUUGGAUCGGAUUCUGCUGCCGUACAGAAUAGUAUAACGAAUUCAAUAAUGGAUUUGUAUCUAGCCAAAUAUUGGGGCAUUAAAUAUGCAUCACAAGUGACUAGCACCAUAUUACAAGUGGAUCAGAUUAUCUGUUCGAAACCAGCCGGUGGACCUAAACCACCACAACAACAAGGCCAUUGGGAUCAGGAUUAAUAAUUGAAUGAAUCUAAUUUUAUAUCUCAA